CCCCAGGCACCAGGGGCUGGGAAGGAAGAAGGCAGAAGUCCUGAACAGGGGUGAAUGGAAGAGGCGUAGACCAGCCUCAGUCCAUAACCAGUUCCCCUGCAGUGAUGGGUUCAUUGUAUCUGGCCACCAGCCUCAGGAUUUAAUUAAGUUAGUGAGGAACCUAAACGUGUCUCUAGGGAGCCAGGAACUGUCCCUGGUUUCCUCUGCUUGUGGAUUAAUUCUUGUUUUUCCUUCUUUUGUUUUUUUUCUGUUUCCCUCCUCCUCUUCUUCUGCCCAAGGAAGAAAAAAAAAAGCCUUAUUUAUUAUCAUUUUCCCCACUGUUGGCAUGGCAACACCAGCGUACGUUACUGAGCUACAGGCAGCCCCGCAACCAUCCCAGCCACCACAGGCCCCGCCCCAGCCACCGCCGCCGCCCCCAGCGGCGCCCCAGCCCCCCCAGCCGCCUGCCACCGCUGCUACCCCCCAGCCCCAAUAUGUCACUGAGUUGCAGAGCCCCCAGCCCCAGGCACAGCCCCCAGGCAGCCAGAAGCAGUACGUGACGGAGCUCCCGGCCACCCCCACGCCCCCGCAGCCGGCCGGCGCACCCACCCCGUCCCCGGCGUCUCAGCAGUACAUCGUGGUCACUGUCUCCGAAGGCGCUAUGCGGGCCAGUGAGACUGUAUCGGAGGCCAGCCCAGGCUCCACAGCCAGCCAGACCGGAGUCCCCACUCAGGUGGUUCAGCAGGUGCAGGGCACCCAGCAGCGUCUGCUGGUCCAGACGAGCGUGCAGGCCAAGCCGGGCCACGUGUCACCCCUCCAGCUCACCAACAUCCCAGUGCCCCAGCAGGCUCUCCCCACGCAGCGUCUGGUGGUGCAGAGCACAGCCCCAGGCGGCAAGGGUGGCCAGGUUUCCCUGACGGUGCAUGGCCCCCAGCAGGUGCACUCGCCCCCUGAGCGGUCGCCGGUGCAGGCCAACAGCUCCUCCAGCAAGACGGCUGGGGCCCCCACGGGCACAGUGCCACAGCAGCUGCAGGUCCAUGGCGUUCAGCAGAGUGUCCCCGUCACCCAAGAGAGGUCCGUGGUCCAAGCCACUCCACAGGCGCCCAAAGCCGGCGCCGUGCAGCAGCUCACAGUGCAGGGGCUCCCGCCAGUUCACGUGGCUCAAGAGGUGCAGCAGCUCCAGCAGGUGCCUGUCCCACACGUGUACUCCAGCCAAGUGCAGUAUGUGGAGGGCGGUGAUGCCAGCUACACGGCCAGUGCGAUCCGCUCCAGUACCUACCCCUACCCGGAGACGCCGCUGUACACCCAGACUGCGGGCGCCAGCUACUACGAGGCCGCGGGCACCGCCGCCCAGGUCAGCACGCCCGCCACCUCCCAGGCGGUGGCCAGCAGCGGCUCCGUGCCCAUGUACGUGUCCGGCGGCCAGGUGGUCGGCAGCUCCACCAGCAGCGGGGCUGGGGCCAGCAACGGCGGCGGCGGCGGCAGCGGGGGCGGCGGCGGCGGCGGCGGCGGCGGGGGAGGCGGCGGCGGGGGGGGCGGCGGCGGCGGCGGCGGAGCGGGCACCUAUGUGAUCCAGGGCGGCUUCAUGCUGGGCAGUGCCAGCCAGUCCUACUCCCACACCACCCGUGCCUCGCCAGCCACUGUUCAGUGGCUCCUGGACAACUACGAAACAGCAGAGGGGGUGAGCCUGCCGCGGAGCACGCUCUACUGUCACUACCUGCUGCACUGCCAGGAGCAGAAGCUGGAGCCCGUCAACGCCGCCUCCUUUGGCAAGCUCAUCCGCUCUGUCUUCAUGGGCCUGCGCACCCGGCGGCUUGGCACCAGGGGCAACUCCAAAUACCACUACUAUGGCCUGCGCAUCAAAGCCAGCUCACCCCUGCUGCGGCUGAUGGAGGACCAGCAGCACAUGGCCAUGCGGGGCCAGCCCUUCUCGCAGAAGCAGAGGCUCAAGCCCAUCCAGAAGAUGGAGGGCAUGACCAACGGUGUGGCCGUGGGGCCACAGCAGGCCACCGGGCUGUCCGACAUCAGCGCCCAGGUCCAGCAGUACCAGCAGUUCCUGGAUGCCUCAAGGAGUCUCCCUGACUUCUCAGAGCUUGACCUCCAGGGCAAAGUGCUCCCCGAGGGCAUCGGGCCUGGGGAUAUCAAGGCCUUUCAGGUCCUGUACCGGGAACACUGUGAGGCCAUUGUUGACGUCAUGGUGAACCUGCAGUUCACCCUGGUGGAGACGCUGUGGAAAACCUUCUGGAGGUACAACCUCAGCCAGCCCAACGAGGCGCCUCCGCUGGCUGUGCACGACGAGGCUGAGAAGCGGCUGCCCAAGGCCAGCCUGGUGCUCCUCUCCAAGUUUGAGCCAGUGCUGCAGUGGACCAAGCACUGUGACAACGUGCUGUACCAGGGCCUGGUGGAGAUCCUCAUCCCCGACGUGCUGCGGCCCAUCCCCAGUGCCUUGACCCAAGCGAUCCGGAACUUUGCCAAGAGCCUGGAGAGCUGGCUCACCCACGCUAUGGUGAACAUCCCUGAGGAGAUGCUGCGUGUGAAGGUGGCAGCGGCCGGCGCCUUCGCGCAGACGCUGCGACGCUACACGUCGCUCAACCACUUGGCGCAGGCGGCGCGCGCCGUGCUGCAGAACACGGCGCAGAUCAACCAGAUGCUGAGCGACCUCAACCGCGUGGACUUCGCCAACGUGCAGGAGCAGGCCUCGUGGGUGUGCCGCUGCGAGGACCGCGUGGUGCAGCGGCUGGAGCAGGACUUCAAGGUGACCCUGCAGCAGCAGAACUCACUGGAGCAGUGGGCGGCCUGGCUGGACGGCGUCGUGAGCCAGGUGCUCAAGCCCUACCAGGGCAGCGCCGGCUUCCCCAAGGCCGCCAAGCUCUUCCUCCUCAAGUGGUCCUUCUACAGCUCCAUGGUGAUCCGGGACCUGACCCUGCGCAGCGCUGCCAGCUUUGGUUCUUUCCACCUCAUCCGGCUGCUCUACGACGAGUACAUGUACUACCUGAUCGAGCACCGCGUGGCCCAGGCCAAGGGCGAGACCCCAAUCGCCGUCAUGGGCGAGUUCGCCAACCUGACCACCUCGCUGAACCCCCUUGACCCGGACAAAGACGAGGAGGAGGAAGAGGAGGAGGAGAGCGAGGACGAGCUGCCGCAGGACAUCUCGCUGGCGGCUGGCGGCGAGUCGCCCGCGCUGGGCCCUGACGCCCUGGAGCCGCCGGCCAAGCUGGCACGGACAGACGCGCGUGGCCUCUUCGUGCAGGCGCUGCCCUCCAGCUAAGCCCGCGGCCUCCCCCGCCCCGCCCGCCCGCCCCCGCCGCCCGUCCACGCCAGGGUCCCUCACAGCUUCUGUGGCUUCGCUGUCACCGUUCCAGCCUCGGGCCGGGAGGGGGCCGCCAAGACAGGGAAGGCUAGGGGGUCCCUGCCCGCAGUGGGGCCGGCACAAUCACAGGGCCGGGCGGAGCCGCAGCUGCAAACUGACACAAAAGACGUGCCUUAAGGAACCCGCCACCGUGCCCAGGUGCCCCGUGGGACAGCCAGCUAGGCUCCUUGGCCCCAAAGGCCUCAGCAUCUCCCUCCCCCAGCCCCACCCUCCCGCCACCCCAGGGGGCAGGCAGGCAGGCCCCCCUCCCCUGUGGAACUGUUAACUUAUUCAGCUCGCUGGCUUUGCACAGUCUGUCCCCGGCCCAGCCCUGAGCCCCAGGUGGGCACAGGUGGGCAUCACCUGGGGACCCCCACUGUCAGCAGCAGCCCCGGGACCCCUCCCCCAGCAACCCCACCGCUCCCCACUCCUUGGUAUAAGUGCAAUUAAAGCCGUGGGUGUCGCAUCUUCUCCAGAGCUGGGCCCUCCCUUGCCCCGCAGCCCUCGAGGAGGGCACUGUCCUGGCCUGGUUGGGGGGAGGGCGGCCGGGGGCACCGCCUCCAGCUUCCAAAGAGCAGCAGGCCGGGCUGGGCGUGGGAGCCCAGAGGGGCCUGCUGCUGGCAGUGGGGCCCGGAAGUGCCCACGCCUGUCCCGGCCCCGGCUGGGGGCUCGGCUCCCUCAGAUCCAAGACCCCGGCGUCCCAGGCCACCCGCCUCUGGUUUGUAAUGGAACCUCUGUGCUCCUUCUCUCCCGGGAGACUGUGCUUCUCCUCCGUGCAGUGCGACCCGCCCCCCACAUGACUAUUGUGCGAUUUGUGAGCCGCCUGAGCGGAGUUGGUAACUUGUUGGUUUUUUUCCAACCAUCAUGGCCUUAUCUGUUCCGGUUUUCUCAGUGUCUUCAACCUGUGAGAUAGAUGUUUAUGGCAAAAAGCAAAAAAAAAAAAAGACAAAAAAAAAAGACAAAAAAGAUCUGACCUAUUGUAUAAAAAUCACUAUUUUGUGUGCUCCGCGUGCUACAGCUUUUGGGGUGGCCCCCCCACGUCCCCUCCCCACUCCCUCGGGGCCCCCCCCCUCCUGGCCGUGAAAGUGUCCACGCGUGUGGUAGUCUAGUGUGCCGAGC